AAAUAAUAAUAAUAGUUUGAUGUUUGUGACGUAACUAAUAAAGUUAAAUCAAUUUGUGAGCAUAAUAAAAAAAAAUAAAUAAAACAAGCUGAUAGAUUAAAAUGAUGCUGAGUGCUGGAAAACAAGUUUUAUCUAAUCAGGUAAUUAAAACUUUGUCUUUGAGACUAUAUAGUCAACAAGGAUCCAGUCAAAAAACAACAACACCACCAACAACAACAACAACAGCCAUCAAUGAAAAUGUACCUGGUCUCAGUGAAAAUUGUGUCACAAUAAGGCCUGGAGUAUCAAAAAAUGACGACUAUAAAUGUCCAGAAUAUUUUGGUUAUAAUGUCAAUAGUUUUGCUGAGGCUGAAGUUGAAAUGGCAAAAUUUCGUCUUCCUGCACCCUCAAAUAAACUGGACCAACAACUUGAUUUUGUAGUCUUGUUUUAACAAGAUCAAGUGGAAAAACAACAGACACACCAAUAAUACCAGC